CGUUCAAUUACCUCAACAAUAAUGGUUUUCUCUCCGUCCAAGAACCACAAAUGAGAAAACAGCUCCACUUGAGUAAUCGGUGUUUUCCGCUUACUAGCAUGUAAGUAGCCCGCCAACAUGUCCAAUCCGAGGCCCACGGGUCACCCCUAUGCUUGGUUGCCGCAUGCCAACUUCUCCACCGCGUCACUUAUGCUUUUCGCUUUACGAAUUCGCGAUGGUAUGCUUCAAAUCUUGGCCAUUGUCCUCUUGUUCUCGUUCGUAUUUGGAUUAUCCACACUCCUCUACGGCUCCUUCUACUUCUUCUACAUGCCAGGCUCACAAACUCUCUCGCACCCGGUACAUUUCACGUUCCAGCCUUGUCCCGCCUCUCAUGAUUUAGGUACUAGUAGCAAAUGCAGUUACCUAAUAGCUAAUCUAACGUGGAAUCCCACACGCCCAUUGUUCGGCGAUACCCAUCACCGGAUAGCUCUACAACUCGAGAUGCCCGGAUCUCCCGCCAAUUCUAAAGCGGGCAUGUUCCUAGUGUGCGUCCAUUUACUGACCUUGCCUUUGGAGUCUGGCCAGGAUCCCUUAGCCCCUUUGAGUUGGUGUCGAUCGGUUUUAGUACCUUUUAAGAGCGAUGCUCGUCAAUGGAUCGAGGCCUUCAUGUUGGGACCGCUUCAAGUGGCAGGUUUGAUAUCGGAUGACGAGACGAUUUUGGUGGAGUUUUUCAACGGUAUCUUGAAUCCCGGACCGACAUCCUUGAUUGCCGUGGGUCUGGAGGUCCAAUCUCGGUGGGUGGACGUGAACAAGGCCGAGUUCUUUGUCCAUGCCAAAUUCAGUGGUCUGCGUCAUUUGAUGUUCCAUCAUCCGAUCGUUUGCAGUUUGGUGGGUGUUUCAAGUCUGAGCACGGUGGUGUUGAGCUUGGUAUAUUUAUUUUGGAAGAGGUUUUUUGAGCCGGCUGUCGUGGUGAAGAUGUCUUUGAGCGAGCGGCAUGCUUUGGCCAGAGAAAGGCUACUCAGAGCCCAGGGUUCUCAGUUCAACCCGCUGAGAGUCGCCGAGGACAAGAAAGAAACCUGAUAUUGUCAUUCUUAGUUUUUAGAGGAAGAACAAGCUAGUCCUUGGAAACUGGGUCGGAAGACCAAUGAAUGAUGCUCUUCGGAGCAUGCAUUAUUUCAAACAAGUUAUUUG